AUGGUCAAGCGAUCGACCCACGACACGGACGGUGCUGCGGCUUUCCGCAAGCGCCAGAAGCUCACUCAGGAUAUUCCAACUGGCGAGCAAGUCACGUCAAGCGAACAGCUCCGGCAGCUCUUGACCUUUGACCAGGACAUGCGCAAGGCCCGUCACGGACUGCAAUCAUUCAAGAAAUUUCUCGAUGACAUUCUUUCUAGCGAUGACGACCGAAAACAGAACCUGGCCAUCUUGCAAGACUAUCUGGAGGGCGUCAAACCGCGAGACACCAGCGAGGAAGCCGUCCACCUCCACGAUAUCAUGGAGAUGUGGUCGUUCUCCAUUCAGGUGAACAACGAGGGCGUUAUGUCCUCCGUCGCUGUUGUUCUCGCCCUUGUCCUUCAGGUGCUCUCCGGAUCUCUGCAUCUUGUGCCAUUUGGACUUGGCAUCUGUCAGACUUUGGUCCAGGAAGCACAGCUCAAAUGUUUAUCCAGGAACCUUGGAUCCGAAAAGGGCAAAGGGUUUAUCAUUUCCCCCACUCUACGGCUUCUGCGUGAAGCUGUCAGCUUUGAUGGGGGAGCUUAUGCAAAGAAAAUCGUGCGCGCCAGAAUCUAUACCUUUACAUCGCUGGGACGAAAUCUGGAAAUUGGUCAUGUGGGAGAUAUGCAGGAAGAUGUCCGAAAAGCUUCGGUUCGAACCAAUGCCGUCCGCUUCUUUUUGAGCUGCCUCAAAUACUUGCACUCAGAAGGUCGAAGAGAGUUGCUGUCACAACGAGAUCAACUGUCACACUUGACAUAUAUGAUGAAGAAUGACCCUCCAUAUCUUGUGAUAGAGAUAUUGGAAUCUUUGCAGGCGCAUGUCUUGGCUGAUAGCAGAAUCGCGCGCGAGGUCAAGUUCAAAGCAUUCAACACAAAGAUUUUAAUGCGUAUCCUGUCGCUCUACUCAUAUUCUCACACAACUGCCAAUGCCGACGAGAAAGACAUUGUUUGCGAAAAGGCACACCAUCUCUUAACAAACGCCUGUACGACCUAUAGUGGCGGCAUACUCUAUCCAUACAAAGGCCUAUACCCGAAAGAAGCCGACGACGAAUUUUCGGCGCUUUCCGCAAAAAAUAAAAACAAUGAGGCCAAUGGCGACCCUUGGGAAGGAAAGCUUCGAGAAGGUAUUCCUGUUUACAACUUUGUACUCUCCGAAUUCAUUGGUAAACUUCGACCUUGGUCCAACCUGAAGCACUGCGAGCUCCUGGUUGCUAUCUUCCGGGCUGCACCAGAGCUCAUUUCGGACUAUUUCCACAAGAAUCAGUCUUUCACUUUUGAGCCCAAAUUAUCCAUGACAUGGAUUGGAUACGCAGCAUUCUUAUUUAAUACUAUGAUGAUCCCACUUCCUGCAUCAUUUGGCGAUCCUUCACGAUAUGCAGCUAUGCCCCCUCCGACUCCAGUUCUCCUCGACAACAUUGUUCCUAGGCCAAUCAAUCAGAAAGUACUCAUCCGUUGCCUGUCCCCGAAAUCCCACCUGACGUCUUUCUUUGCGACAAGAAUUCUUGUUGCAGCACUGGAGAAGCUUUCAGCGGCACUCAAAAUGCUUGAUGGUCAAUCAAGGCGAAGGAACGCAGUGUGGAUGGAGGCAAGUCGGCGGCUGGUGGACAUGUUUUGUCAGCGGAUACCAGACAUGAAGGAGAUUGUUCGUUGCUACAAAGGCAUUCCCGCUGAGAACAUUCUUCACAGAACCCUGACAAGCCGCCUGCUGCGGUUGUACUAUGAAGUCAUCCCUCGAGUUGCCCUGGCCGCUAACUUUGAUGUGUCUCCCUUUUUUGCGGGUGUUCUGGCAGGUCUCAACAGAGAUAAUAUCGAAGCCGAGCCCAGAGCUCUAGGUUUAAUGGAGCUAGAAAAUUUGGUCUUGAUUGCCAGUUACUCACCUGGAAUGAGAUGGUUUGCAAAACUUGAGGCUCUUGGUCAUGGGUACGCUUCCUCACCAUUCAAUGCACUCUUGCAAUUGUUGUGCGGUGAUAAGGAGGGUGCACCACUUGGUCAACUUAAAGCUGUCCUGGGGGAUGUUGCUGUGGAAAGCCAAGUCGUGACGAAGUCUGUGUCACUUAAACAUUUAUUACAAGCUUUGCGAUGUGCGAGAGAAACCUUGGGGGCUGCUGGAAUGGAAACCGUAUGGUCUUUCCUGGAUAAUUGUGUCAGUCGUUGCGCCAAUUCACCCAUCAAAUAUUUGGACCUGGUGAAAGUCUACUCUUCGAAGCCAAGUACCUUGGAAACGGACGGCAACAUGUCCUUACUUAACGUUGUGAUCAUGGACCAAUUGCCGUAUGCUCUGAACGCUGGGGACGAAAAAGCUGCUAACCAACUUGCGACUUUUGUGUCAUUCUACUUCAGCGCUGUUCAAGCGUCAAGCAAGGAUGUUGCGCCUCUAGAACGCUUGUACAAGGAUAUAGAGAAUCUUUUCUCUACAGCAUCAGCCAAUCUUGCUGAUCUCGGGGAUACGAAGCAAGUCAAGACGCUGAAGAAACACGACGGAAUCCAGUGGACGACCCGUAAACCAGUCUCUGGGGGUGAAGGCGAAAUCGAAGGGUCCACUGUCAAUCAGGCAGCGCUAGAGGAGAUGCUUCAUGUGCCUUUUUUGUCAGAUGAUGAUGCUACAGUACUUACAAAAUGGGUAUCCAAAGGCGUGGAAGACAUGGUUGAAGAUGGAUGGGCAGCAGGUCUGGUGCGCCUCUUGGCCUCUGAGCACAUCAACUUGCGAAAAGAGGCGCUGACUGGGGUUCUCAAAAUGGCAGCCCAAAUCAAGGACUCAUCAUACGAAGAAAAGACGCAGAUCUGGCUACUUCUGUCGGAACUAGCAGAGUCGUCGAGAGCACAAGUUGACAUCGGCCCCGUUCCUUCAGCAUUCAUCGCAUUCGCUAUUCACGCCUUGGACGUUCUUAAGAAUACUCUCCAUCCCCUAUAUCCCAAAGUCAACUCCUAUCUUACACGCAGCCCUAUCUGGGGGUUGGAUAAGCUUCCUUUGGUACAUGAUAUCCUUCACGGAACACCAUCGGAAGAUGACAAAUACUAUACGGAGCUCACUUGGCUGUUCAAGUACCUAUUAGACAGUCUCAGAACCCCGCUGGAUCUCAGCGUUUUUCAUAAGAAGCGCUGGUUCGAGAAGAUAUUUGCAGUAGGGAGCAAUCCAUAUCUGCGUUCGGCGUUGCGGACCCGACUUCUCAAGCUUGUAUACAGGGCGACAUGUAUUGAAUCUGGGAGUACAACUCUGAUCACGAGAUUCGGUAUCCUCAGCUGGUUGGACUCUCAGCGAGCCUCUUGCGAUGUAGAUGAGACAGCCGCGAUAUACGCGGCCCUCAUGAAAAGGGCGUGGGAAACGUGCGAUCAAGAUCGGGUUUGGGCUUGGAGUAAAGGUGGUGUUGAUCAGCUUCUGGACAAGAUAUCCAAAGUAUAA